AUGAUAACACUUAGAAAAUCAUUAUCUAAAAGUUGCAAAGAUUUGAGGAUAUUGAAUGGGACAACAUAUGUUAAAGGGUUUUGUUCUACUACAACUACAGAUACUACUACAACUACAAGUACAAGUACAACUACAGAUACAGAUACAAAUUCUGAAAAAUCCAAUAAAGAAAAACUAUUUCAUCAAAUAAAUGAACUAACUAAACAGUCAUCUUUUAAUAAAGUUUUAUUUUAUAAAAAAUCAGCACAUGAAACCGAGGGUUAUAGUUAUAAAGAACGGCAACAAUUUAAACAAAAACAACAGAAAAUUAAACAAAUUAAACACAAUCAACAACUUAAACAAAAACAACAAAUAGAGCAACAGAAACAAAAAAAACUUGAACAACAACAACAACAACAACAACUUGAACUUGAAAAAAAACAAAAAUUUGAACAACAACUUGAACAACAACAAAGAGAGCAAAAUCAAAUAUCAUUACUUGAAAAAUCAAAAGAUCUAGAAAGUAUUAACGAUUUUGGUGAUUUUGAUUUCCGUGAACUCGAAACAAAACCAUUAUUUUCUGUUCCAAAUGUAUUAAUUAAUUAUUUAGAAAAUGAAAAAACAUUAUCAGAUCAUCAAAAAAGUGAUGUAGUUGGAUCAUUUUAUUCAGAUGGAGAGAUACCAUCUGUACCACAUAUCAAUUUGGAAGAGUACACAAGAUCCGUAUUAAUUGAAGCAUAUUUAGAAGUUUGUAAACCGGAAUAUGCAUUUUACUAUUUCAAACAGAGUGAAAAUAAUAAAACCAAUUCAAAAGGUUUAUUAUUAAUGAUUGAAUUUUAUAUUAAAAUUGGUGAUAUUGAUUCAGCUUUUAAAUUUUUUGAGGUCAAUUUCAAGGAUUAUAAAGAUUUAAUUAGUACAAAUGAUUAUUAUAAAUUAUUCAAUGGAUUAAUCACCUAUUCUAUCGAUAAUCAAGAAAAUAUAUUUGAUAUUAAAAAUAAAUUUUUUAAUGUAAUUAUAAAUGAUAAUAUUAAUAAUGAUAUUGAAAAAUUUAAUGUUGGUUCAUUAGCUUCAAUGAUUGAAAGUAUAACACCAAAAUAUCAACCACCACCACAAGAACAACAAUUAAUGGAUGAUGAUAGUAAUAGUAAUAGUAAUAAUGAUAGUAAUAAUAUUAUUAAAAACAGUAGUAGUAAAUUAGAAUUUAAUGAUGAUUGUGUUAGUAAUUAUAAAAAGUUGGUGAAUUUUGAUCAACUUUAUUCAAUUUAUAAAAAUAAUUAUAAAAAAUAUACAAGUGAUCAAAGAUUAAUUAUUUUAAGUUGUAUACUUAAAUAUUCAAUUAUUACAGCCGAUAUAGAAUUAUUUUUGAAUACUGUAAAUAGAGUUUUGGUGAAAGAUGGUAUUGAAAAGGUUGAAAUUCCAAUUCUUCAAAUACUUUUUGAAGCUUACACACACACAAUACCAUCGGAUAAACCAGAGUUGGUGGGUCAAUUAAAAUAUUUGUUAACAAAUUACAUCAAAGAUAUGGAUUCAUCUGAUAAUGGUUAUAAAAGUAUAUCAAAGUUAAUCGCAUAUAAUUUCUCAUUCAAAGGUGAUAUAAAAAAUUCAAUUUAUGAUCAACUAUGUGGUAUUGGUAUAAAAUCAAUUGAAAUCGAUAUUGAAAAUAAUAUUGAAAAUAGUGUAUUAAUAAAUAAACUUAAACAAGAACAAAGAGAAAAAGAACGUAAUCAGUUUAUUAUAUUUAUACAAUCAAUAUUUCCUGAAGAUAGAAUUCAACAUUUUGUAGAAACAGCUUUAAUAUAUUUAAUAAAUGAUAAUAGUUAUCAAGAAGCAGUUAAACUUUAUAUAUAUUUUUUAAAAGAAGGUUCAGUUACUGGUAUUGAUAUAUUUUUAAAAUAUCAUGAAUUAUCUUAUAAAAAUAUAGUUUAUAAUAAUAAUAAUAAUAAUAAUAAUAAUAAUAAUAAUAAUAAUAAUAAUAAUAAUAAUAAUAAUAAUAAUAAUAAUAUUAAAAAUUUUACAACUUUUAGUGAAAAUGAUCAUAAAACUUUAAAAACUUUUUGGGAAAGAAUAAAAAAUAAUUAUGUCAAUAAUAAUAAUAAACAACAACAACAAGAAGAAAGAGAUAUUGAAAAUGAAUUUAUAUUUAUUGGAAAAGGUGAAAUUAAUAAUGAUCAGCUUUUAGAAAAAUUUCAAUAUAUUAAAGAAUUUAGAAAUAUUAAAUCAUUUUUCAAUUCAUAUGAAGAAAAUUUAAAUCCAAAUGAUUUUAUUAAUUAUAUUAAAAACAUUAUUAAUAAAGUAAAUGAUGAUGAUAAUGAUAAUGAUAAUAAUAAUAAUAAUAAUAAUAAUAAUAAUAAUAAUAAUGAUGAUGAUGAUGGUGGUGGUCAUGGUGGUGGUGAUGUUUUUAAAACUACAACACCAAAAAAGGUAAAACCUUUAAUUUCAACUAUUCAAAAAUCACAAAAUGAAUUACCAACAACAACAACAUAUAAAGAGAUAAUAGAAAAUACAAGUUUUUUUAGAAAUCAACAAUAUAAUUUUAAUCGAGAAUUAUCAUCAACUCUUAAUAGUCCAAAAUCUAGAUUAGAUUUGGAAAGAUUACAAAGCUUUUUAAAUUGUAAAAGUCAUACAGAAAGUAUGAGUUUUCAACAACUUUGUAUAUGUUUAGAGUUAGUUGGUGAUACUGGUUUUAAAUAUGAUUUUUAUAAAAAUUUAAAUCAUAUUCAAAAAACCUUGAUUAUAACUCCUCAACUUUGUAAAAAUCUCUUCUCAACGGUUACCAUGGAUGAGUCAAUUGAUAUUUUGAGAAGAGGUUUGUCAAGAAUUUCACCAGAAAAUUUGAAGAGUCUUGGUAUUUGGGAUGGCGUAUUCCAAGGCUUGCUAAAAGAUCCUCUCAAGACUCCAUUGGCCAAUUUCCUCAUGUAUAAUGGAUUUAUAUCAAAAUCAUCAUUUGAUAGGUAUUCCUAUUGUCAACAAAUCAUAAACACCGAUAUCGAUGCAUAUUAUUUCUUUUUAGAUCCAUCGAUUAGUUAUUAUGAUACCUUUGGUGGUGAUAUAGAAGAUGCAUCAAAUUACAACCUUAAAAAGGAUAGCUCAAAAACCUUUUUUAAACCAAUGGAAGAUUUCUUUAUAACUUAUCUUGACACUUUCUUUAAAGCAUCCUCUCCCCAUGAAAUAAGCCAAAGACCUGAUUAUCAAACUCAAUUUUCAAAUUAUACUAUAUUAAGUUUAAUCCGUCUAGGUAAACUAAAUGAAGCAUUUAAAGAAAUUGAAUCUUUAUCACCCGCUAAAUAUAAUGCCACAACAAUAGGAUUGGUAGUUUUUAUUUAUAGUAAAAGGUAUAAACAGGAUAAAUCGAAAUUCCUUGUAGAAAUUCAAUCAUUAAUUCAAAGAAUAAUUUUUGAUCUAGAAAAUAAAAUGGGUAGUGAAGAUGCCAGAUCUUACUUUCAUAAAUACAUUCUCAAAUCGUUAAUUAUUAAUUAUGGUAACAUUGAAAUGGAUAAUCUUAUUGCAAACGUUGAUGUUCCAAAAGUUUUAAAAGAUAUUGAUAACUCUUUAGCUCCAAAUUUCGAUCGUCGAUUAAUUAGAAAAUUAUUCAAAGUUCGUGGUUAUAUUAAAUAUAGAUUUUACCGUUUAAAUUAA